AGAAACGAAAAGAGAUACCAUGCGCCCGUGCAACACACAACCACAUGCUACGCUACUUACAUUCUGUGCAUGUAUUAUGUACAAUUUUGAAGUUUACAUGAUUUGUUUUUUCUUAACAGAAAGUAAGCUAUUUGAUCUACAACAUGUCAGGAUGACAAAAAGUAAAUAUACAGCACAACAGUGUCAUUUAGGUCAAAGCCCUGCUGAACCACUCGUGUCUUUUAUUUUUGUGGUUUUGUAUAACAGGGAGAUAAUUUAUCCUCGCAUUUAAGUGCUAAAUCAAUCACAGUUUAACAUCAAAACUAAAUAUUUUGAUCAAAUGGUCCAUUAUUUGUGCUAUUAGCUGAAAGAGUCCGUGCUGAUACAAUACACCUGUGCAUUUGUGACUCCAGCACACUGGCAGAUUUUCCACAUGGCCUUGAAUUGGUUAGUUGUGUAGGGAUUUUUUUGGUUCAAGGUAUGAAAAGGUGGGGAACUCUUUGAUAAGAAACUCGCAUGUGAGUUUGCCACGUUAUCAUAAAAUGGGAGUAAAUACAAGCCUGGGGAACUUAUUUCUUUCCUUCCUCUGUAACCUAACCACCUGCACUCUCCUUGUAAUGUCAGGCCUUAACAUAACACUGGGUUAUUUUAUCAGUGUGGUGGUAGUAAGUGGAUUUGCCAAAGAUCUGCUGACACAAUGGAGGCCACGAUGGAAUUUCCUGUCUGAGUUUAUUGCAGCUUUUGCGCUUGCAGCAUGUCGGCUGGAAGUACAAACCAUUUCUGAGAUUGGUCAGUGGGCUGGAGGCCUGGGCCAGGACGUUACCCUCACCAUGCUUUUCCUUUCCUUAACUGUCCACGGAGUCAUCAUGCAAGGAGUCACCGGAAACCCUUCAGUAACUGUAAUGGGGUACUUACAAAAAGAGACAGGAGCAGUAUCCUCUUCUCUUAGCAUAGCAGGUCAGUUCGGAGGUGCCCAGCUUGCCCUGCUCUUUGCCAGGUGGUAUUGGGCAAUGGAACUCACAGACAUGCAUAUGAUCAAGGUUAUGAUGAUGACUCAGUGCAGUUCAUCACUGAAUGUGUCCCUGACACAGGGGACCAUCACAGAAGUUGUAAGUGCACUGUUAUUUCACCUGGUGGACCUCAGCCUUCGCUGUAGAUCAAAACUGCUCCGGAUUCCCAUCCUGGCCCUGCUGCUCACCUUCCUUUAUUACACAGGAAACACGUACACCUCUGCAUAUGUGAACCCAUCACUUGCUUAUGCGCUUACAUUCAAUUGCCCUGGACACACCUUCUGGGAAUAUGCUGUAGUCUACUGGCUAGGGCCCCUCAUUGGCAUGACCCUGGCCUUGCUUCUCUACAUGGGUAACAUCCCUUUGCUUUUCACCAAGAACCUGCUUUUCUCAAAAAAGGCACACCUUCACCUUCCAAAAAGAAAAACAUCACAAGAGAAAAGUUCAUGAGACAAUGUGCAU